AUGGCACACGGGAAGGGCCUGGUGGGGGCUGGACUUGCAGUUGAAGAGUCGGCGAGGUACAAGCCCCGCCGGUACCAGCCCUGCCCACCUUGCCCAGGCCCCCAAGACUGGGCUGACGUAUGUGCAGCAAUGCAUGCCCGCGGAGAGACGUACCUUCUGUACCCGCGUGCCUGUACACUGAUCCGCACACGCCCCCUCCCGCGCAUCGCACGCCCGCCUGCCGCGACGCCCCUGGUACGAUGUACUUCCUCCAGCUGCCCUCUCGCUCGUCAGAUUUGCCUUUGCCGGUCCAGAAUACAUAUAGGACGAUUGCCCUCCUCUCCCCACGGACUGUUUACUCUCCAGAUCACCAGCAUCAGCUUCAGCUUCAGCAUCAUCAGCUCUCUGCAGUCCAGUCCAGCUUCACAACACAUCAGCUUGCAACAUCUUCUCCAUCAAAGCAUCCGCUUGAUCCUGCUUCUGCACCAGUGCAUCGCAUCGCCGCUCAAGCCUCGCCUACCACAUCUUCGAUCAACCACUUACACCGAGACGCCGCCUCUUCCGCCCGACCUUCUCACCUUCCUCCCUGCCCGGGCCCCCCGCCCAGCCGACCUCUGCCUCCUCUGCCCAAAUGAGAGUCGCCGCCAUGGGAAACAAACACACAUCUACACGAUGGCUACUCCUCUCCUUGGCUGA